AUGAAUGGUGGGUCUGCACGAGCACCUAAGGAGGCUUACCUCCCUAAUAGCCCGUGGUGGCGCGUACGCAUCUCUACUGAGAUGUACAAAGGGAUUGACAACCUGAAAUCCCUUUACGACCAUGCCGGGAAUACUUUCUCCGGUAGUACUUCUGCGGCACAGGAUGUGCCGCGUCGUACAGCUCAACCAGACCCAGUACGUCAAUCAUCAGUUGGGAGCGGGGCUUCCAAGUAUCCCAGGACGGGGGAUAACCGCGCCACCGGACGAGGUAACUCGUCCGACGUCCGUUCACGUCGCGGUGGUUCAACAGCUGCUCAACCAGAUAGCGCUGGCCACCGCGACAGUCCUCUAAUGGAGGUGGAGGAGAAGGGAAGACGCUCUCCAAACUAUCGUGGGGGAGCGUGUGUUCCCGAGAGCUUCUUUGAUCGCGUAACGCAAGGGUUACGCAACGAUCUCGAACAUGAGCGGGACAGGCGUCUCCAAAUGGGGGACACUGUCUCGAAGCAUCGAGCUGAGUUUGCCUUUGCUCAGCUUGAGAACGAGAGAUCUCUGACGUCUCAGCGUGACGAGCUAAGGGUAGCUCAUGGGAUUGUUGAUCGGUCUCGGGAUGAGAUAGCUGCUCUUCAGACCCUUGUCGAUGCCCACCAUCGGGAGCACAAGGCUCUCUGCGAGAUGCUUGAGCGCAAGGGCGUUCUUCAUCGGAAGAAGCAGCGUACUGAUGGUACGGCUUAA